ACCAUCCUCAAAGCAGCAGCAGCAUCAGCAGCAAACCCCAGAGUGAUAUCACGCGUUGUUUGUGUCUUGCAUCUGCAAAUUAAUAAGCUCACCAGCACCUGCUUUGUGAAAGAAAUCUUUCUGCGAAGCAACUAGAAUCUUGUGCGAGUUCGAGUCCAACUUGACGCGCACAUAACCAACCGACUCUCCUGCGAUCAGCAGCGUAUAUCAAGCGAGGGAAACUUUUUGUUUGUCGUAUGUCCAUCCAGAAUCUUAACACAUUCGACCCCUUUGCAGAUGCAAUCAAGGGUUCCGAUGACGAUGUCCAAGACGGUCUCGUACACAUAAGGAUCCAGCAACGGAAUGGUCGCAAGACCUUGACUACCGUUCAGGGACUCUCGUCUGAAUAUGACUUGAAAAAAAUUGUUCGAGCAUGUAAAAAGGAGUUUGCCUGCAAUGGGACUGUAAUAGAGCACCCAGAGUACGGGGAGGUGCUGCAGCUGCAGGGGGAUCAAAGAGAAAACAUAUGUCAGUGGCUCACUAAAUCUGGUCUGGCGAAACCUGACCAACUGAAGGUCCAUGGUUUCUAAGCUAAGAACAGAUAGAAAAAGAAAAAAACACUCAUGCCACUACCACUAAAGAUAACUUCACCUUUACCGAUAUUUAUUACUCGACUCAAAUUCUCUGUAUUGAAGAGAUAUACAUGAAUAAUAAUAAAAAAACUUUCUUAUGCAAACUGUUAAGCAAGUGAAAAUAAUUAAUGUGGGUGUGUAAGACCGAAAAAAAAAUUAUUUUAAUAUGAAAUUAUGGAACAGCAUUUGCCAUACACUAUACAAUAAUAAUGAAUAAAGUAAUGAGUUGAUAUAUUGUGAUAUAAGUAUUUGGAAGCAUUAAUAAUUUUUUUGAACUGUGUAAUGUAUGAAUACCUAUUAGUUGCAAGCAAUAGAAGUUUUAUAUAACUUUGAUAUAAUACAUUUUUUAUCAAUAUUCAUUGGUAUUCUUUGACGUAUCUUGAAAAAUAUUUCUGUGAAGAAUUUGAUUCAUCACUUUGAAUGAGGAACAAUUGUGAUAUAUCUGACGCACCAAUCGUUUUACUCACAUGAAGUUCAUCAAAAACAACUAAAAUAUUUUUCAAGAAAAGUUUUGUUGCAAACAGUUGUACAGUUUACCAUAAAAUAUUUUCACUUAUUUUUAUAGACGUGACUAGACUUUUGAAUAUUAAUUGUUGAUUAUCUUAUAUUAAAAAAAGAUUAUCUCAUGUAUUAUACUCUUUAAUCUAAUGAAAUAAUUAUUGUGAAUCAUACUGAUUGGUCCUAUCUCUGGUGGAUUGAUUGGCACUAAAUAUCAUGCUUGUACCGCUUAUUAUUUGUGAAGUUGACUUGAGCUAAAAAUGAAAUGUUUUUCCAACACUCUUUCACUUGACCAUAGCUAACAAUGAAAAAUAAUGAAAAAUAAAAAUAGUAAAUAUUUGUUGUCACAUUUAUGUACUAAA